AUGGAUCAGCGCUAUAAAGGAUUGAAGAACUCCACCCUCAAAGACCUCCUGGAAAACCGAGGGCAGCCGGCUGCCAACAAGACCAAAGCGGCACUGCGAGCGGAACUCAUGGAGUUCCUCAUCGGAAUCGGAGUUCACCUACCCUCCAGUGGGACACUCACCAGCCUCAGGAAGAGAGGUACAAGCUACAUUGAACACCCUCAGAUUCACCCUGUUGCCAGAUUUUAA